AUGGCUCCCGCGCGCCAACAACAGACGCCCCAGUUCAACAAGGACGAAAAGGUUCUUUGCUUCCACAUGGACAUGCUCUACGAGGCCAAGGUCAUGGAUGUACAGCCUGGCGAGAAGCCCGGCGACGGCUUCCGCUACAAAAUUCAUUACAAGGGCUGGAAGAACACCUGGGACGACUGGGUUCUCGCAGACAGAAUCCGGCCGUUUGACGACGAGCACAAGGAGCUGGCUGCCCAGCUUCACGCCCAGGUCAAGAGCAGCAUGCAGAAAAACUCCAAGCAACCCAAGAAGAAUCUAAAGGGUGGCGACUCGGCCAGAGGUAGUGAGGAACGAGGCUCAGGCGCUCCUCAAGGGGGGAGAGGGGGGAGGAGAGGCAAAGACUGGGAAUUGGAGCAGGUAUGGGAGUGUCUUCUCUUGGCUAGAGGAUACCAUCUCAGCGCCUACUUGGACGGCCCUUGUGGUGCGACCAAACAUGUGCUUGCCUCAACCUAA